GCGCCGAUUGUAUGAGUUUGAGGUUUGCUUCGUUCUCGCGGACCGUCCUGAGCAAUCGCUCAACCGCUUCGUAUACCUAUCUCCCCCUUUCAGUAUCGUCUACGUCUGGAGGGAAACCACAAGCCCGUUUGGCUCUCGUACGCAGGUUGUCCAACUUGAAGGCACCCAUGUCCUUGAGUUCGGUGGAUAGCCAACCAUUGAAAAGGCAAAAGAUGGACAUCGGUCAGUCUAGUACGAAGACCAUAGGUACUCAUAAUGGGACCUUCCAUUGCGAUGAGGCACUAGCCGUAUUUCUCCUGCGCCACACUACUACUUACCAUGGUGCUGGUCUAAAGCGAUCGCGCGAUCCCAAAAUCCUGGACACUUGCGAUAUCGUGGUGGAUGUCGGCGGCGUCUAUGAUGAAGGCUUGCAACGAUUCGAUCAUCACCAAAGAGGGUUUGACGAAGUGUUCGGGCAUGGAUUCACCACAAAGCUAUCAUCGGCAGGACUUGUCUACAAGCACUUCGGUAGAGAGAUUGUUGCAACCAGACUGGGGUUGAGUACAGAUGAUUCCAAAGUGAACACACUCUGGCUAAAGCUCUAUAAGGAAUUCAUCGAAGCAAUCGAUGGUAUCGACAAUGGUAUUUCACAAUACCCCAAAGAUAUACAGCCGAGGUAUCGGAAUCGUACCGAUCUCUCUAGCAGAGUAAGCUGGUUAAAUCCAGCUUGGAACGAGUCUGUGGAUUCGGACAGCGUGGAUGUAGGUUCACCUGCCCUCUCUGUUAAGCGUGAUCUCCCAACGUUUUCCACGCAGGCUCGCUUUGAGCAAGCAUCGCAGCUAACGGGCGAGGAUUUUUUCGGUCGUCUCGAUUAUUAUGGGAAAGCAUGGCUACCGGCUCGUGACAUUGUGCUGAAAGCUUUGUCCGAGCGAUGGAAUGUGGAACCCAGUGGGAGGAUACUCUUCUUCACGCAAUUUGCUCCCUGGAAGGAGCAUCUGUUCGAACUGGAGGCCGAGCAAGCUAUACCCCCCGAGUCGCAGCCCAUAUAUGUGGUAUAUCCCGAUGAGACGGGGGGCAACUGGCGAGUUCAAGCAGUCCCGAUCACCCCCGAGAGUUUCGAAAGUCGCAAACCUCUCCCAGAAACUUGGAGAGGUUUGAGGGAUGAUGAGCUUAGCAAAGCAAGCGGGAUAAAUGGUGGCAUAUUUGUUCAUGCAAGCGGCUUCAUUGGAGGUAACAAGACGAAAGAAGGAGCUCUAGCCCUUGCCAAGGGAGCCCUCCAACUGUGAUGUUAGGGCAUCUUAUUAGCAAUAUGUUACGCAAGCGUAACCCUCAAGGCGCCCGUGUCUCUUCGAAUUGCUGGAAAGCAUGGAUCCAUGGAUACAGAUAGCUUGUUCCUGAUUCUGGAAGUAAAAAAAAGAGGACCUUGCUUGUAGCUUAAUGUAAUGGAUAUCAUCUGACUGGUGAAGCCUUG